CCUAGCACCCAGAACAGAAAGGGAAGCUUACACGGGCCUCGCGCGACUCGCGGGACGGGAGCCCUAGCGUCCCAGCCUUCCGCCCUCUUUCCUCCCCCCGCGCCUCCGCCCUCCGCCUCCACCCCGAGCCUCCCGCCGCGCCAUGGACCACAGCCCGUACGCCGGCGCCGGAGCCGGCGGUAAGAUCCGGCGCCGCCCGCCGCCCCGCGCCACCGCAACGCCCUACGACCGGCCCCCUGCCGCCGCCGCGGCGCACCGCCUCGCGGCCGCGGCCGCGGCGGCUUCCGCCUCCUCGGAGCCGGGCGGGGAGGGCGACGGCGGCAGCGGCGGGUGGGUGUCUCGGCUCGUGGACCCGGCCUCCCGCCUUAUCGCGGGCGGCGCCGCGCGGCUCUUCUCCUCGGUGUUCCGCAAGCGCCAAGGCCCCGCGCCGGCCCCUGCUCCGCUGUUGUCGUCACCUUCCGGAAGAAAUACUGAGCCAAAACAGGACUUACCUGAUUCAACAUAUGUUGAUUCAACUCCAGUCCUGGAGAGUGCAAUGGGGAAGGGGAAGAACCCAGCUGGCACGUCAGAUGAUAAAGCAUUGUCUGAAGUAGAGCACUUGUUAAUGCGGAAAACAUUCACUAGGGUUGAGUUUGACCGUCUUACAGACUUAUUGCGUGAAAGAACCAUAGAGUCUGAUUUGCCUACAACUAUGGUUUCCCGUGAGGAGAAGAACAAAGAAAUUAUCAGAAUUGAUGGAACAGGUGGCUCCACAUCGCGUGGGAUGGCUGCAGAUUAUUCUCCGACUGUUAAAGUACCUAGUCAUGGUUCUAGUUCUCCUUCAGAGCUUGCGAAACAAUAUAUGAGCUCACGUUAUUCGAGAGAACCCCAAUCGAGUUGUUUGCGGAGCCGAUUGUUUCUUGAUAACAAAGGAGAGGCAAACAACAUUGCCUAUGAUAGGAGAUCUAGACCACAAAUUGUUCAGGCACCAAUUGAAUUUGGCAAUGAAAACCCUGGGCUUCCUGUGAAUGGCUAUGUGACUCCGGGAUUACGUGGGCGGUCAGCGCUAUAUAGAAUGUCCUGCUCUCCAUAUUUUAAGGGUCCGAACUCUUCCAGUGAUGUGAACAUGUCUUCAUUAUCCCAACGAGCACAAAGUUUGCAUGCUGGUGGCAGGCAGGUCCUAAAACGAAGAGGCGCAGACUUAGAGAAUGAGCUUGGGUCUAUCGGUCCCAUUCGCAGAAUUCGGCAGAAGUCAAAUAUGAUGUCUCCUUUUAGAGAUGCUCGUGCAAGUCCUCGGGGAAACCUUCUUACAAGCCGUACAAGUGGUUCUGAUUUCACCGAAGUCAGCUCAUCCAUUCAGGAAUCUCCAAGCUCAAAGAGACAAUUGCUUGGGACUGGUCAAUCUGUGUGUCCCCUAGAUUCACAUAAGAAUGGAGAUGGUAAAUCUAGUGAUAACAUUCCACCCAUACAACCUCAACCAAACAAGAUGGCUGAGAAGAUAUUUGAGCAGCUUAAUAUAAUAGUUCCAUCACCAAAAGAGAAGCAGUCUGGACAACAAUCAGUCACUAGUAAUGCCAGUCAUUCCAUGUCAAAGAAACCUGUUUUGCAAGAUAAUGGGCCAAGCAGUAUGUGUGACCCAUCUAGUUCCCGGAAAUUUCAUGAUUUGGAUGGAGCCAAUGGUCCCCUCGAUCCAGACCUGAAUGGUUCCCUGUUGAAGAAAGACAAGCUAAAGAUAAUAAAAGAUGGAUCAUCAGAAGUUGCUUCGCCUGAUCAACCUACUAUUUCGGGGAAUUCAAUUUCUGCUGCUACAUCACGGAAACCAGGCUUUAAAAUGGCUGUGUUAGAGGACUUGCCCGAGUUGGAUGAUGAUCUGGAGGUCUCUAUUCCAUCCAACAAUUCAAGUAAUAUAGAGGUUGAGAAAACUGAGCAGAAAUUUGAUUUAAAUAAAAAGGAGCAGAAAGUUGAACAAAAUAUAUUAAAGCAAAAGGUUGAAUCAAACUUAUUGAAGGAGAAUAUUAUUGAUUCUCCGGUUAGUGAAUGGCCUAUAUCAUCAGUUUCUAAAACUAUCUCUUCAUCGGGUUUGCUUUCCUCUAAUGAUCCUGAAAAGACGCAUACUCUCCAUGCUUCUACUGGCAACAACAUUGGUUUUACAUUCUCACAUGUACCUCCCGGCACCUGUCCCGGGACAACUGUGUCAGCACUGCCAGUUGCUUCAAUUAAAGAAGAUAAACAGUCUGGUGCCUCAACUUCUAUUUUUGGCCUCAAUCAGUCUACUAUGUCAGAUUUGGAAACACCAACAGUUGCUGAAAACAAAGCAGGACUGGGGCAGAGAGUCACCAAGCCCGCAACAUUAGACAGCACUAUUUCAGAGAGAGGUGAUAAAAGAGAAAGAAUAGAAGACGUCAUUCAAUCGGCUGACAAGGUGUCUGCAUCAACAACACUGAAUGCACCUCUCCAUUUUGCUUCUGCUGCACCUACUUCACCAAGCCUGAGCAAUGGCUUCUUAUACUCAUCCUCACCAAAGCUCUCAACUGUCACACCUACUGAUAAGCCUGCUAUCAGUCCAGCUCCAUCCACUACCAUUUUUGCUGUGUCCAGUAGCAGUCCAGCUAUUUCAUCAUCAUCUGCAUUUCCAGCAUCAUAUUUUGCUUCCAGCCCUUCGGUUGGUUCUUCAAUGGUAGCAUCAGCUAUAUCAGAUUGCAAAACUGCAGACGCGAAAACAGCUAGCACCUUAUCGUUUGGUACAGGGGGUACUGCAGCCGAAACUAAAUCUACAGCCCCAGAUUCAACUAGCAAGCCAUCAUCAAAACUUCUUGAUCCCCCCUUUUCAUCAACCAUUGCAACCUUUUCAAGUUCUCCCAUCACGUCCGUGUUUUCUUUCUCGAGUGUUUCACCUUUUUCGUCUCCAGUUGCACCUUCUAGUGAUGCUACUGGCUCAACUACUACUGCACCAUCUAGUACAUUUUCCACUGCACCUGGUGUUCAGUCUGCUUCAACUGCAUCAUUUACAUUUUCAAGCUCAGGGAACAGCCUUUUUGGUUUCAGCUCCCCAGCCCAAUCUACUAGCCUCAGCACAUCUGUUGCGGGUAGUACCUCUCAACCAUCUGCAAGUGCAGUCUUUGGUAAUAAGCCACCGCAGUUGGAGGGCACGGUAUCAGAACCAUCCCAGAGUUCAGUAGCACAAUUUAGCUCCCCAUUCCCGACUGUGACUAAUGGAGUUGGGGUUUCCUCAUCUGGAUCUGGGACCAUAUCUUUUGGAAUUGGAGCUUCCUCAACUGGUUCAGGGACCACGCCUUUUGGUGUUGGAACUUCCUCAUCUGCACCUGCAACUGUAGUUUUCGGGAUGUCAGCUUCCUCAUCUGGACCUGGGAUUUUCUCUUUUGGAGUGGGAACUUCCUCAUCAGCAUCUGGGACUGUUUCCUUUGGGGUUGGAGCUGCCUCAUCUGGACCUGGGACUGUGUCUUUUGGAACAGGAGCUGUCUCAUCUGGACCUGGGACUGUGCCUUUUGGAACAGGAGCUGCCUCAUCUGGACCUGGGACUGUGCCUUUUGGAGCAGGAGCUUCCUCAUCUGGACCUGGGACUGUGCCUUUUGGGGCAGGAUCUUCCUCAUCUGGUCCUGGCACUGUUUCUUUUGGAGUGACAACUUCCUCUUCUGGGUCCGGAUUUGGUAAUUCACCAUUUGGUACUGGAGCUACAUUUCCGAAUCCAUUCAGCUCUAGCUCUGGUACUGGGUUCGCAUUUUCAUCACCUAGCUCUUCUGCUGGUUCGUCAACAGUGUCCAGUACAAGUGUGUUCACCAGUGCCUCCACAGCUUCAUCGGCCUCCGCUUUCAGCAGCCCUUUCGGUUCAAGUUCAUCCCUUCCCAGCAUGUUUGCAUUUGGGCAAUCGGCUUCUUCAGGCGGUGGUUUUGCAUUUGGAGGACAAUCAGCUUCAGCUUUCUCAUCUCAACCUCCUGUUUUUUCAUUUACCUCAGCAAGCACAAGCAUGAACUCGUCCACUCCGCAGCCUGCAUUUGGAACGACAAAUACCAACACGGCCUUUGGCAUGGGCUCUACGGGGAAUGAUCAGAUGAAUGAAGACAGCAUGGCGGAUGACACUAACCAAGCAGCACCUGCACCAGCACCAAUAUUUGGUUCUGCACCGUUUGGACAGCAAAAUAGUUCAUCCGCUGCCCCUGUGUUUGGUGCUCCAGCAGUCCAGCCUGGUGGAGUUUUUCAGUUUGGGGGACAACAACAAGGCUCUGCACAGCAGAACCCGUCCUUCCCACCUGGUGGCAGUCUAGAGUUUCCGGGCGGUAAUUUCUCGCUGGGCAGCGGAGCCGGUGGUGGCGAUAAGUCUAACAGAAGAGUGAUUAAGGUCAAGAGGGGACCAAAGAAACGACUCCAGAGAGGCGCCGGAGAAAGAUUCUAUCGUCUUGUCGGGCCGCCGAUGGGGAACACGUGCGUCGGCCCGAGCAUCACCAUGAACGGCUUCUUCCGGUCCGUCUCCACGGCGCUCUGGAAGACGCCGCAGGACGGCGACGCGUUGCCCGCCGCCUCCAAUGGUCCAGACGGCGGCAGCCCGGGCCGGUCGCAGCCGCAUCCGCUGCCGAAACAGCCGUCCGACGUGCCGGUUGAGGUGCAAAGCAAGGCCCCAGAGCCCGUCAAGAUCGCCUCUGCCCAGACGGAGGCGCCCAAGCCCGCCGAACAGGACGCCAAGUCGGGCGCCGGCGCCAACUCCGGCGAGGCGGCCAGGCCGCGGCCCAAGGUCCCGCAGGUAAAGCGCGUGUCUAGCGCCGGGCUUCUCGUCGGCUCGGUGCUCAAGCGAAAGACGGAGAACCUCAGGGACAAGUACAGCCUGGGGCGCCGGCUCGGGCAGGGGCAGUUCGGCACGACUUACCUCUGCGUCGAGCGGAGCACCGGAAAGGAGUUCGCGUGCAAGUCCAUCGUCAAGCGGAAGCUCGUCACCGACGACGACGUCGAGGACGUCCGCCGGGAGAUCCAGAUAAUGUACCACCUGGCCGGCCACCCCAACGUGAUCUCCAUCAGGGGCGCCUACGAGGACUCCGUGGCCGUGCACCUCGUCAUGGAGCUCUGCGCCGGCGGCGAGCUGUUCGACCGGAUCGUGCAGAAGGGGCACUACACCGAGAGGAAGGCGGCCGAGCUCGCCAGGAUCAUCGUCGGCGUUGUCGAGGUGUGCCACUCCAUGGGCGUCAUGCAUCGGGAUCUCAAGCCGGAGAACUUCCUCUUCGUUGACCAGAAGGAGGAGGCCGCUCUCAAGACCAUUGACUUUGGUCUCUCCAUUUUCUUUCGGCCUGAUCAAAUAUUCAAUGAUGUUGUUGGUAGCCCUUACUACGUCGCACCAGAGAUCCUGAAGAAGAAAUAUGGUCCCGAGGCAGAUGUCUGGAGUGCUGGUGUGAUCAUUUACAUCUUGUUGUGCGGUGUGCCACCAUUUUGGGCAGAGAAUGAGCAGGGUAUAUUUGAAGAGGUUUUGCAUGGGAAACUUGACUUCCAGUCAGAGCCGUGGCCUAGCAUCUCUGAAGGCGCCAAAGAUCUUGUGAGGAGAAUGCUUGUUAGGGACCCAAAGAAGAGAUUGACCGCUCAUGAAGUUCUACGGCAUCCAUGGGUUCAGGUUGGUGGAUUGGCUCCUGAUAAGCCGCUGGAUUCUGCUGUUCUGUCACGUAUGAAACAAUUCUCAGCUAUGAAUAAGCUGAAAAAGAUGGCUCUUAGGGUCAUUGCCGAGAACUUAUCCGAGGACGAAAUCGCCGGCCUGAAAGAAAUGUUCAAGAUGAUAGACACAGACAACAGUGGACACAUCACCUACGAAGAACUGAAGGUCGGCUUGAAAAGAGUCGGUGCUAAUCUCCAAGAAUCCGAGAUCCAGGCACUCAUGCAAGCCGCGGAUGUGGACAACAGCGGCACGAUAGAUUACGGCGAGUUCAUCGCCGCCACUAUGCAUCUGAACAAAGUUGAGAGGGAGGAUCACCUGUUCGCGGCGUUCCAGUACUUCGACAAAGACGGCAGCGGAUACAUCACGCCCGACGAACUGCAGCUCGCGUGCGAGGAGUUUGGCCUUGGAGACGUGCAGCUCGAGGAGAUGAUCAGAGAAGUCGACCAGGACAACGACGGACGCAUAGAUUACAACGAGUUCGUGGCGAUGAUGCAAAAGCCCACGCUGGGGCUACCGAAGAAGGCUGGUUUGCAGAACAGCUUCAGCAUCGGCUUCAGGGAGGCCUUGAGGAUGGCUUAAGCUAGAUAGCGCUUGUCUGUGCUCCGGAUAAUUUUACUGCCUGUAGAUGGAGUGCCAACUUGAGUACAGUUGCUGUAGAGACGGUGGUAACUGGUAAGGCGAUUGGUUUCAUUGGAUUGAAACGAGUCGAGGAUAAAGUGGUGAUGGCUCGAGAUGUGUACGUAGAGGCAGCCAUGGAAAUCGGCCACAGGUCACUGUUGAAUCGGUUCAAUUGUUUGGUCAUGGGCGAGGAACAGACGGUUUUGUUCCCUCUUGUAUACACAUAUACAAUCUGAUCUGUCACAUUGUUGCUGGUCUU